AUGUACCUUGGAGCCAUCAAGCUUGAAGUUUUUGACCAAGAAGCACUGGCACUAGAAAUCUAUCUUGCGCCCUGUGGUGGGCUGACCGUAGCUGGAUACCAGAUGCCCAUUAAAGCUGCUCUAGCAGUCCUCCUCCUUAGCUGGCUGGGGAGAGAAAAUGUGAUGAUAGACGUGUGGAUUGAGAUAGGUACAGGGAGGGAUCAUUUGGCAAUCACCGUCAAGGGCAAAACAGAUGACUUGAGUUUAAUAAGCAAAAUCAGAGUCUGCUUUGUGUGUGGCGAAAGGGGGGCCACCAUCUCAUGCCAGGGGCUGGGCUGCGACUGCAGGUUCCAUCUCCCCUGUGCCAUGGAGGGUGGAUGCAUCACCUGUUACUUCCUGCCAUACAGGUCCUUCUGCUGGGAGCACUGCCCACAGCAGCAGGAGCUGGAGGCUCCAGAGAACACCACCUGCCUCAUCUGCACGGAUCCACUUGAAGGCAGAACAACCUAUGGGACCAUGGUGUGCCCAGCAUGCAAACAUGCCUGGUUCCACAGGGCCUGCAUCCAGGGACAUGCUAUGCGUGCUGGCACUUUUUCCUUGCAGUGCCCUCUGUGUCGAAAUAGGAAACUCUUUCUAACAGAAAUGUUCCGCAUGGGGAUCCGCAUCCCCGUAAGACAAGCGUCAUGGGAAGACAACAAUGCGUACGCAGAACUGUACCAGAGGCAUGGGAGCUGCAAUGCCAGGGAGUGCUUUUGUCCAGAAGGCAGGGAGGAGGCAGAGCCAGACGGGCCUUGGCAGCUGUUCCUGUGCCACUCCUGCACUGCUCUGGGCACUCACAGACGCUGCUCCAACUUGGGGAACAGCCAUGAGGCCACAUGGGAGUGUGACAGCUGUGCUGGCCUGGGCACCUCCUCCAGUGCCAGCUCAGAGCUUCCUGGUCCCAGUACUGCCAGCCCAGCAGCAUCAGGGCAAUCUUGGAUUUCUGGAACUAGAGUCCAGCAGCCCCUGCACCACCAGCCAGGUAGCAUCGGGGCAGGCUCUUGGACAUGCAGCACAGGAGACCAGUAG